AAUUAAUCAGUCAUCGAGCAUGCAGAAAAAUUCGUUUGAGCUAUCGCCCAUGGCUCUCUCCACCCGUUCAGAAACUGAACAGGUGAUAUUUGAGGAAAUCUUGGGGGCAAGAAAAGUAGUACUUAACAGAUCAACAAAACUAAAUGUCCUAAGCUAUAAGAUGUUGGGAAAAAUAUCUGAGAAACUGAGAACAUACGAGAAUGAUCCAAUGGUUAAGCUUGUUGUUCUAAAGGCAAAUGGCAAAGUAUUUUGUGUUGGUGGUGAUCUCGUAUCUGCUUCUAAAUUUGUAGCUUACGGACAUUGGAGUUUCGGAACGAGCUAUUAUAGGAAAGAAUUUUGUUUGGACUACCUACUUGCAACAUAUAAGAAGCCAAUGGUUGCAAUUCUAGAUGGAAGUGUUAUGGGAGGAGGUGUUGGAAUAUCGAUACAUUCAACAUUUAGAAUUGUUACUGAGAAUACGAUAUUCGCCAUGCCCGAAGCAUCAAUUGGAUUGUUUCCUGACGUUGGUGCAUCUUAUUUUCUAUCGCGACUUCCUGGAUCUUUUGGAGAAUAUAUUGGAUUAACGGGUGCUCGAUUAGAUGGAGCAGAGAUGGUUGCCAUGGGGCUUGCAACUCAUUUUGUCCCAUCUCAGAAUAUACAAGCAAUGGAGAAGGCUCUCGAAAAAAUGGUUGCUUCAUCAGAUGCAACAAGUGUAACAACAAUGUCCAUGAUUAUUAACAAGUUUGCACAAGAAGUAAAGGUCAAGCCAGAGAGUGUUAUUACUAGACUCGACAUGAUCAACCAAUGCUUCUCGAGAAAAUCAUGUGAAGAAAUAUUAUACUCACUGGAGCACUUGGCUAUCCAAGUACAAGAGAAGUGGAUUCACAAUGCAAUAAGAUCGAUGAGAUUCGCAUCUCCACUGUGUCUCAAGAUUUUCUUACGAAUAAUUAGACAAGGUCGAUCCCAAAACAUCGAGCAAUGUCUAGACACCGAAUACAUUGCUAUCUCACAUAUUUUACGUCGAACAGUUAGCAAUGACUUCUAUGAGGGAUCAAGAGCUAUUUUGAUUGAGAAAGAUAAGAAACCACAGUGGGUGCCCUCAAAACUAGAGGAAGUUAGUGACGAAAUGGUGGCCAAGUGUUUUUUAAGAUCUUUCACCGAAGACGAUGAUUGGUUUCCUUUACGACUUCCCCUUCGAUAUGAUAAAGCCAAAGCCAUGACAUCAAAACUCUAGAACAAAGGACUCGUUUUCUAUAUGAUUUAUUUAUUGUUGCUUUAGAGCUUAAUAUGGUUGGCCUAUCACAAACUAAUAAAUAAUAUCUCAUUAGUCUCAUCGUUAAUAAUGCAUUCUGCAAGUGUUUUCAAGUUAUUGAAAUAAUAUUAGGUUGUGAGAGAUCAUUCAAACUUUGAAAUGUAAAUGGUCUUUUUUUAUCGAUUGGUAUUUUAUUUUUAGGUUGUAAUAUAAAGAAUUUGAA